GCUGGCUCUCAGUGUGCUUUACCCGCCUGGCUGUGUGAACACGGCGCCUUUACAGAUGGGCCAGCGGAUUCAUCCUCAAUGAACAGUCCGGCUCUUCGUAGUCAGAUGGCCCCCCUGAUGGCAGUUAUGCACAUUAUUGCUUUAUUAUGGAUAAUGCCACCUAUCUGGGCUGUAGAAGAUGUGCUGAUGGACUCGAUGACAGCAACGGCAGAGCUGGGCUGGAUGAUAUACCCAUCAGUAGGGUGGGAGGAGGUGAGCGGCUAUGAUGAGAAUAUGAACACCAUCCGCACCUACCAGGUGUGCAACGUCUUCAAUGCCAAUCAAAACAACUGGGUGCGCACCAAGUACAUUCGGCGGCGGGGGGCCCAGCGCAUCCAUGUCGAGAUCAAGUUUUCAGUGCGAGACUGCAGCAGCAUCCCUAAUGUCCCAGGCUCGUGCAAGGAGACCUUCAACCUCUACUACUUCGAGUCUGACUCGGACACGGCCACUAAAGUUUACCCUCCAUGGAUGGAGAACCCCUGGAUCAAGGUGGACACCAUCGCAGCCGACGAGAGCUUUUCACAGGUGGACCUGGGUGGCCGGGUGAUGAAGAUCAACACUGAGGUGCGCAGCUUCGGCCCUGUGUCUCGCACCGGCUUCUACCUGGCCUUUCAGGACUACGGAGCCUGCAUGUCCCUCAUCGCUGUGCGGGUAUUUUUCCGAAAGUGUCCCAGCGUUGUCCGGAAUGGAGCUAUCUUCCCAGAGACUUUGUCAGGAGCUGAGAGCACGUCAUUGGUGGCAGCCAGAGGGACCUGCAUACCCAACGGAGAAGAAGUUGAUGUGCCAAUUAAACUUUACUGCAACGGAGAUGGCGAGUGGUUGGUACCUAUCGGCCGCUGCAUGUGCAAAGCUGGACACGAGGCAGCCGAGAAUGGCACUGUCUGCAAAGCAUGCUCCUCUGGAUUCUUCAAACCAUCCCAGGGAGAUCAGCUGUGCCAACAGUGUCCUAUCAACAGCCGCACCACCAAUGAGGGAGCUACCAACUGCGUCUGCCGUAUUGGCUACUACCGCACCGAUUCAGAUCCUUCACAGAUGCCCUGCACAACCAUUCCCUCCGCCCCUCAGAGAGUCAUGUCCAGCGUGAACGAGACAUCCUUGAGGCUCGAGUGGAUUCCUCCUCGUGACAGUGGUGGCCGGCAUGACCUUGUCUACAACAUCAUCUGCAAAAGCUGUGGCUCAGGCAGAGGGGCCUGCACACGCUGUGGAGACAACGUGCAGUUUGUGCCGCGCCAGCUAGGCCUCACUGAGCCGCACGUGCACAUCAGCGAGCUUCUUGCCCACACGCAGUACACCUUCGAGAUCCAGGCGGUGAACGGUGUCUCUGACCAGAGCCCCUACCCGCCUCAGUUUGCCUCAGUCAAUAUCACAACUAACCAAGCCGCUCCAUCAAUAGUGUCCAUCAUGCAUCAGGUCAGCAGGACUAUUGAUAGUGUCACACUGUCGUGGUCUCAGCCAGACCAGCCCAACGGAGUCAUACUAGACUACGAGCUGCAGUACUUUGAGAAGAACACAGCUGAGUUGAACUCUUCUACGCUGAGAAGCCAGACGAAUACAGCUGUAGUCCGAGGCCUAAAGCCAGGCACCAUUUAUGUGUUCCAGGUGCGAGCUCGGACAGUCGCAGGAUUUGGACGCUUCAGUGGAAAGAUGUACUUCCAAACCAUGACUGAAGAGGAGUAUGAUUCCAGCCUGAAGGAGAAACUGCCUCUCAUCAUUGGCUCUGCUGCUGCAGGCGUUGUUUUUCUCAUCUCAGUCAUCGUGCUCGUCAUCGUCUGCAACCGGAGAGGCAGUGACAGGCCAGAAUCUGAGUUCACAGACAAGCUCCAGCAUUACACCAGUGGCCACUUGUCACCAGGUAUGAAGAUCUACAUCGAUCCCUUUACUUACGAGGAUCCCAAUGAGGCAGUGCGGGAGUUUGCUAAAGAAAUAGACAUGUCCUGUGUGAAGAUUGAGCAAGUCAUUGGUGCAGGUGAGUUCGGGGAGGUGUGCAGCGGAAACCUGCGCCUGCCUGGGAAGAGAGAGUUCCUGGUAGCCAUUAAAACAUUGAAGUCUGGAUACACUGAGAAGCAGAGGAGGGACUUCCUGAGUGAAGCCAGCAUCAUGGGUCAGUUUGAUCACCCCAACAUCAUCCACUUGGAGGGGGUGGUGACAAAAAGCUGCCCCGUUAUGAUCAUCACUGAGUUCAUGGAGAAUGGAUCGCUGGACUCCUUCCUUAGGCAAAACGACGGGCAGUUUACGGUGAUUCAGCUGGUCGGCAUGCUGCGUGGCAUUGCAGCUGGCAUGAAGUAUCUAUGUGAUAUGAACUAUGUGCACCGAGACCUGGCUGCCCGCAACAUCCUGGUCAACAGCAACCUGGUGUGCAAAGUGUCCGACUUUGGGCUUUCCCGCUUCUUAGAGGAUGACACAUCAGACCCUACCUACACCAGUGCCCUAGGAGGGAAGAUUCCCAUCCGAUGGACCGCGCCAGAGGCCAUCCAGUACAGGAAGUUCACCUCGUCCAGUGACGUGUGGAGCUACGGUAUCGUCAUGUGGGAGGUCAUGUCCUAUGGAGAGAGACCAUACUGGGACAUGAGCAAUCAAGAUGUGAUUAAUGCCAUAGAGCAGGAUUACAGGUUACCUCCGCCUAUGGACUGCCCCAAUACAUUACAUCAGUUAAUGCUAGACUGCUGGCAGAAGGACAGAAACAACCGGCCUAAAUUCAACCAGAUCGUGAACACCCUGGACAAAAUGAUCCGCAACCCUAACAGUCUGAAAGCCACCACCCCACUUUCUUCAGGCGUGCACCUACCUCUGCUGGACCGCAGCACGCCAGACUUCUCCAGCUUCAAUAGUGUGGAUGAGUGGCUGGAUGCGAUCAAGAUGGGCCAGUACAAGGAGAAUUUUGCUAAUGAAGGCUUCAGCUCCUUCGAUGCAGUUUCCCAAAUGACUCUGGAUGACAUCCUAAGAGUGGGAGUCACUUUGGCCGGCCACCAGAAGAAGAUUCUCAACAGCGUGCAAAUGAUGCGUGCUCAGAUGAACCAAAUCCAGUCGGUGGAGGUUUGACCCUCAUGCUUGGAGGCUCUCAGACUUGACUCCCUCCUCCACCAGCCCCCUGGCUUCAGAGUUCAGCUGUAGUCCUUCCUGUGGCGAUGUCCCCAGCAGGGAAGAUCUUCUGGAGGGACUCCCACACAGUAAACACCCCCGAAAAGCACCAGCAUGCAGCAGACUGGAUGGAGUCGGACAGUGAUGUCUGGAGGCCCGCUCGUGUACUGUAUUAUUACAAUGGUGAUGAUUUUAAUCAUAACACGAAAAACAGUUUAAGGAUUCAAAGGGAGAUGCUGAUCAUCACCAGUGUCUAGGUUUUUUUUAGAUUAUAAGACCUUUUAAAAGGGAAAUAAAUAAAAUCCAAUUAGAUCUGUCAUCUAUAGUGGUGAUAGUCUCAUGAUAAAACCUUUGAGACAGAGAAAGUAUAUAGCAUAGAGUGGCACAUUAAAGAGAGGAGAGAAAGAUGACAAUGGACCAUGGACUAAUGGCAUAAAAAUGAGCCUCUUAUAUUCCUGUUGAUGCCAUAUGGAAGGAAGGAUCCAUGUGGCAACCCAAGAGGAGUACUGUAGAAAUUGUGAAAAUUAGUGACAAACAAGCCUGAAAUACUCUUUUUUUUAAAAGAAUAUUGUGGUUGAUUUUUUUCUCCUUUGUUUUUUUUUUUUUUUUGGGGGGGGGGGGUAUAUACUCACUGGCAACUUUAUUAGGAACACCAUACUAAUACUGCAUACAAAUUACUGCAUUGCUCUCAAAAAAGCCUCAAUUUUACAUGGCAUGUAUUCCACAAAGUGUUGGAAAUUUCUCUGAGAUUCUGGUCCAUGACUUGAUUGCAUCACGUAACUGCUGCAAAUGUGUGUGCUGCACAUUCAUGCUGCUAACCUUCCGUGCUACCACAUCCCAAAAGAGUUCUAUUGGAUUCAGUUCUGGGGACUGAGGAGACCAUUGAAGUACAGUGAACUCACUGUCAUGGUCAUGGAACCUAUUUGAGACAACUUGUGUCUUCUUAUCAUAGCAUUCAAAUGAUGAUUGUUUGGUAUUAAGGAGCCCAGCCUGUUCCAAGAAAGAAUUCCCCACACCAUUACACCACCAGCAGUAGCCUGAACUGUUCACAAAAAUGCAGGUUGGGUCCAUGGAUUCAUGCUGUUGCAUUAAAUUUUGACCUUUAUCAUUUAUCUCAUACUUUCAUCCAAAAUGACUUACAAUUAAGAGAGAAUACAACUGUGCUGUUGAGCGUUAAGGGCCUUGCUCGAAUGCCCAACAGUAGCAGUUUGAUGGUGCUAGGAGUUGAACUCAUGACUUUCCUAUCAGUAGCCCAGUACCUUAACUACUGAGCUAACACUGCUCAUCAUUUUCCAAACUUCAGCUCUGUAGUUAAUGGCUUUCAGCGAUCCUGUGCCCACUGUAGCCUCAGAUUCCGGUCCCGGGUUGAAAGAAGUGGAAUCCGAUGUGGCCGUCUGCUCUUGUAACUCAUCCUCCUCAAAUUUGGACAUGUGCAUUUUGAGAUACUUUUUCCCUCGCCGCAGUCAUAAAGAGCUGUUAUUUGGGUUAUCGUAGCUCAUACCAGUCUGGCCAUUCUCAAUUGAUCUCUCUCAUCAACAAGGUGAACUCCCGCUUAGUUGAUUUUUCUUCAAUUCAGUUAAAUUCAAUUUUAUUUGUAUAGCGCUUUUUACAAUGGGCAUUGUCUCAAAGCAGCUUUACAGAAACAUAUAAACACAGGAUACAGAUUUUAAAUGUGGGAAUUUAUCCCAAUUGAGCGAGAUAGUGGUAAGGAAAAACUCCCUAAGAUGUUACGAGGAUGAAACCUUGAGAGGAACCAGACUCAGAAGGGGACCCAUCCUCAUCCGGGUAACAACGGAUAGUGUAAAAGCAAAGGAAAGUUCAUUAUGGUUUUUUCUGAAGUCUGUUGAACGGAAUGCUCUGUGUGAAAUCCCAUGAGAUUAGCAGUUUCUGAAACCAGCCAGUCUGGCACCAACAACCAUGCCAUAGUCAAAGUCACUGAAAUCCCAUUUUUCCCUAUUGUGAUAUUUGAUGUGAACAGUAACUGAUGCUCUUGGUCUGUAUCUGCAUGAUUUUAUACAUUGCAUCAAAUUGCUACGACAUAAUUGGCUAACUGGAUAAAUGCAUAAAUGUGCAGGUGUUCCUAAUGAAGUGGCCAAGUGACUGUAUAUUUAUUUAUUUUAACUUUUUAGCAUACAAUGUAAAGAUGAUGUACCAUAUGCACACAUAUCACAGGCGUUUAACUUUCUGACGUCUUCACUGUUGCCAUUUGCUGUUCAAGUUCACUUUCAGCAGUUUCAACUUGUGUUGAUGUUAAUUUACAUUUUGUUUUAUACCUGCUGUUAAUAUGGUACAUGCACCUCUGUGACAAAGUACAUGUUCCCAUGAAUUUCUCAUCAGAUGUCAUGCUGUGCAAAGUUUGGAUUCUUCUUUUCCUUCUCCUGUACAUGUUUUCAUGAUUUCACACAAAAAUUCAACUGUACAGCCGAUCGGGUGCUGUUGAAAUGCACAGGCAGCUGCUUAAUCUGAAAGAUGGCGUGAUAUGGGGCUCACACUUACACUUCACACAACACUUUUUUUCGGUUGGCUUUUUGAAAUCUCUGUUUUGUAAUGCUAAAACAUUGUGAGUUAAUAAUAAUGAUAUGUACAGUAGGCGAUCUAGUAUAGGGCAGUUAAUCUGCAUAGUGGCGUGUCAACAGUUAUGGCUGUUGUGUAUACAGAUGUGUUAACACAUCAUUUGAAAUCAUUUGACAAAUGUCUUCAAUCAUACCUCUACCAUUUUUUUUAAGCAGCCAUUCUGAGUUUUGAUAUAAUGUCUACAUAUGUUAGAAUUUCGCUCUGGGGUUUAUUAAAGUGAGUCAGAUUGAGUCUGUGAUAAUGUACGACACAAAAUGGUCUUCAUUCAGAGCUGUAAAUCUUUACAUUUGCUAGAAGAUUUGGACUUUAAAACACACCCUCCUGUUAUACUUUGGACAAGAACUGGUGCAACUUGUCCAUGGUACUGUAUACUGUCACUUGGAAUCAAUCGUUGAUUAAUUCAUUUGUACAAAAGUAUAUAACCUGGUCCCAUCUAUUUGUUAUAAAGUACUUUACAGUAUGUAAAUCUUUUUUAUUACUGCCUUUUUUUUUUAUUUUUUUUAUUUGACAUUUCAACUUCAAGUCAGAUGUUUCUAAAUACUGCACAUUUCUAACACAUUUCUAAAUCCAGUUGUUGAGUUUUCACUGUGAUCAUCACGUGUCUCCUUUCAACUCAGUGUGCUUCUUUUCAUUUAGUAAUCCAGUCUUCCACUCCCAUUCUCACAUCUUUCUUUCUUUGGUUACAGAGUUCAUCAUAGAGACGUGGCAUCGUGCUGUACAUGUGAAACGUUUUGGACUUUUACUGUAUAUUCUUUUCGUUAUCUAUGGUACAAAGACUGUGAUGACAAGAAUGCAAGGAUCUAAACAUCUCUCAGGCAUGUCCAUGAUGUUCUACCCAUUUGCACCCAUUGCUCUUUGUACUCAUGGUGCACAUUUCUACCCUUUUUGGACCAAACUUUGCCAUCUUGUAUUACUGAGAAAAGAAGGGGAAAUUAAAGGAAUUGACCAAUCAGUGUUGGUUGCUCUAUAAAUAAAUUUCUGUCAAAUAAAUUUCACUAUACUUUCCAAGGUUCUCUUUGGCUGCCUGGCAUCCUCUGCUACCCUCCUCCUAAAUUUCUUCUCACCAGCCUCCUCAGCCUUUAUCCUCCUUAUCUCCUGCUCUAGUGCUGCAGCCAACUUGGCCUUUUAUUUUCCUCCAUUACCCUGGAUAUCUCAAAUCUCAACCCUCUUUCCAGCAGUAUUUUGCUCUUUGUUGUGAUGAUGAUGCUCAGGCUUCAGAUAUCCAUCCAUUUCUGACAAGAAGUUCUUCUGCCCUUCUUUGCAGCUGUAGCUUUGCUGUCCUUUGUGGUCUCUUUUGUGUAUCCAUACUUCUUUUUUUCUCUCUCUUUUCUGCAUCUGUUCUUUUAUCGUCCUUGCCACUAGCACUUCAUCUCUUCCAGCUUUUUCUUUUCCUCUUCCAUAUUUGUUCUUCUCUCCUGCUUUCGUUUCUGCAUCUCUUCCUCUUUUCUCCUUGCAUCCAUCGCUUUUUCUGGCAAUUCUAGACCAUUUCACUCUCUGAACUUUGCUCUUUCUCCUGACUUUUCUGCCUGUCUCUCCACCUGAAUCCAGUGAUGUAGCCAGGAAUUAAUUUCAGAAGCAGCCAGCAUGACUUGGUGGGAUCCACACAAGCUGAAUAUGGGACAGAUGGGUUUCACAUGGGCAUUGGCUCUGAGUGGGUUCGUUAAUGGGCCGUUACUGGGGCCCAGUUGGGCUGCCCAAAAUGACUUUUCCCAUCAGCAGCCAUUCUCACAUUUCCAUUUGAGUGGAGGCGCAGCAGCCGUUCAUGGCUAGAGCCUAAAUCUAACACGACCCUGCAUUAAUACGGUAAGUCACGUCUUGUGUGUUUAUGUAGUUCUGUUCUGUAAUAAAAUUCAAACAUUUUUAAAAAGAUGUUAAGUUAUACAGUUUAAGGAUUAGACAGCUAGCUAGCAGCUAACUAGUGGUUACCCUUAAAAUUAAAUCUACCAAUAAUGAAAUAAGCAGAGAUAGAGAGAAUAACUACCUCUUUUUGAGUAAAAAUUUUACACGUUAAAGUUGGCAAUUUUUAAAAUUUUCCACCCAUGAAAUAUGAACACUUUCUAGCUAUCAUAGUUAGCAACAGUGAAUACUAGCGAUCUACUUGCUGAAGCUCAAUUGGUUAGUUGCAAUUCUACUUCUUGUCCAGCACAUUCUGUGGAGAGAGGUUUUUUUCUUAUCCUUCCAAAAAAUGUUACAUUAAUGUCUCAUAGCAAAAAAAAAAAACACUAUUAUACUUUUUUCUCUUUUUUUUUCUUCAAAUAAAUCUGUUUAUUAUUAGUCAUAGAUAAUGUGGAGGUUGCACCAUACAAGUUUGAGCUGUGUUUGAGCUGCUACUAUAGAUAUAAUAAUGUCUUCAAAUGAGCGCACUGAUAUAAAUUGAUAUCGUUCAUGUUGUGGCCGGAACUACUGUCAGAGCCGUGAACACCUUCUGAACACUUAGAUUAAAGAAUUUAUAAAGUAAACUUUUAAAAUAAUUUAUAUACUGUAUGUGAUUUAAAUGAUUAAUUUAUCAUAUAAA